AAAACGCCGCCGUCCGCGCCGAGUGCCGUCCACCUGGUCCCUACCGCCCGCGGUGGCUGGGGCAAGCCUGGAACAUUGCUCAUGUGUGGCCUUACUAAUUGGGAAAUGGCUGGUCGCAAGGCACCGCCUAAAGGAGUGAAAGCGAACGUCGGACGUAGCCUGUGGACGCCGCACACCUUUAAAAACUUGAACGACGCGAGAGUGCGACUAAUCGCAUCCGGCCCCGCCGCAUCCCACAGCAUUGUCGUCACCGAGGAUAAUAAAUGCCUGGCUUUUGGUAGAAACGACAAAGGUCAAUUGGGCGUCGGAGACACGAAGCGUCGCGACGAGCCCACCGAGGUCGAGGCCUUGAAGGGACACACGGUCAUUGGGGCGUGGUGCGGGCGUAACCAUACCCUAUUUCUGACGAGUCGCGGAAUAGUUUUUGCCGCUGGCGACAAUAAACUGGGCCAAUGUGGGGUCGGCAAGAACGACCCCUGCGUCGUGACCGCCACCAAAGUAAAGUACACCGGACCGCCGAUCGUGAAGGUGGGAUGCGGCGCGGAGUUCUCGAUGCUCCUGGACAUCAAGGGCGGCCUGCACUCGUUCGGCUGCCCGGAGUACGGCGCUCUGGGCCACAACACCGACGGCAAAUACUUCAUCACGAACACGAAGAUGGCAUUUCAUUACGAGAAAGUGCCUAAGCGAAUCGUCUUGUACGUCGAGAGGGGUAAGGAUGGCCACGCGACGCCGUUGGACCGCGUUGAGAUCACGGACUUCAGCUGCGGUCACUAUCACACGGUCGCGAUCGACAGCAAGAAUCGUGCGUUCUCCUGGGGAUUCGGCGGGAUCGGCCGUCUUGGCCACAACGAGCAGCGCGACGAGCUGGUGCCGCGUCUGAUCAAAUUUCUCGAGCCGCCCAGCCGCGGCGUUCGCGCGGUGCACUGCGGCAGCACGUACAGCAUCGCGAUCAACGUGCACGGCUCCGCCCUGAUGUUCGGUCAAACUAAGCGCACCGGCGAGGCCAACAUGUAUCCCAAGCCGAUCCAGGAUCUGUCCGGUUGGGAGAUUCGAUGCGUCGGUUGUUCACAAACGAGCGUGGUAGUCGCGGCCGAUGACUCCGUGAUCGCGUGGGGCGCCAGUCCCACAUUCGGAGAAUUGGGUUUCGGUGAAAUGCGAAAGUCGUCGACGACUCCGAUGGAGGUGAAAGCCUUGGAAGGUUUAUACAUUACUGCCGUUACAUGUGGUCUGUCUCAUACGCUUAUGAUCUGCCGGGACGAUACCGAGGAGGAGAGGGCCAAGAUUAAUAAGCUACAAGUGUACUCUGUUUAAAGUAUAUUCUUCGACUGCGUAAAAAGAAGGGUCUCUAUUACGUCACUCUGCAGAUGAUCGAGAAUCGGAAAAGGAAUUUUUCGUUCCUUCGACGAGAAUUACAAUUAUACGUUUUGAUGAAUUUUAAAUGAAGUAUCCGAGAGACCGGUAAUAAUAGAUCGUCAGGAAACGUCCAGAAGAGAUAUAGGAUUAGAUAUUACUCUACUUUGUACUUCCAGUUUUUACUUAACGCGCGAAUGAAAGUCGAUCUGUGUAACACUUUGAAACUCCAUUCUGUUAGCAGCUCAGGAUAAUAGACCAAACAAGAUAGAUGCAAAACAAAUAUAUUUUGAUACGUUGCUAUUUUAUUGAAGUUUGCCGUGAUUUUCAUCGGAAUGGCGGUCGUUAUUCGAAUGAGAAAGCUGAAGGGAACUGGAAAGAGAACUUGUAGAGCUCAGCAGUAACUGCCUUUAUUUUUAUCGCUUUCUUAAUCGAUUUACCUAUUCAAAUAGUUUAUAUUAUAUAUCAUUGAUUCAUCAUCACAGUAGUACCUGAAUCAUUACAUCUGCAGGAAUCGUUUUUUACAAUGCAUAUAUAGGGAUAAUCCCUGGAAUAGGAUUAACGCGAGUGAGCCAUCAUUCAACUGGGACUGCGUUCCAUUUAACGCUCGCAACGCUCGCGAGCGUUACUUAUCCUUGUUUCAACAUUUGAUAAACAACAAGGAUGAAACGAUUCCAAGAGCGUUGCGAGCGAUAAACGGAACGCACCCUAGGUAAUAUUAUAACGGUUGUACGUGGAAUUAAAUUUCGUGUUUUAUUAACUUCAAAUGAAAAUAAUUUAAUAAUUUUUUUUUUAAUGUAAAACGUCGCUCAUGUGAAAAGCACGUGUAUUUAAUUUUAUUUCUAAUACAAUAAAUAUAGAGAUUUUUACAUAUACAUAAAAAAAUUAAUUUUACUGAAUAUAUAUUGCAAGGUAAUAAAAAAAAGAGCUGUGGAAGUCAUAUUUUUUUUUUUUUUUGCUAGAUUGAAAAGAGAAUCCGUCAAAUUCAGGCGACUGACUAUACGUAUUUCACAUUUUAUGGUCUUUCUUUCAAGGUAAAUCAUAUAACACACGUUUCUCAUACAUAUAUAUAUAUUAUACGUAGAUACGUUAACAAUGUUUGGUCGGGUACACAAUAAAAUAUGAGAAAAUGAAUCAGAGAGUGUAUUUAGUACCUCUGUGUACUAACGAACUUACAAAGAACUCCGAUCACUGCCAGGAUGUAUUACGAACAUCUUUCAUUGUGAUGUCAGACAUUCAUUCCAUUCCGUUCCAUGUAAUACUCUCGUGCGAUUUCUGCACUGAAAUAUUUUUCUGAUAAACUUGCGAUGAAUGUACAAGUCCAAAUAUGAAAUAAACGAAUUUUUUAAGAAA